AUGUCCUCCGCAGUGCCCUACGAUCCAUAUAUCCCACCAGAGGAGCCAGCUGAGCAAUCCAAGGCGGCGGCUUUGAAAGCAGAAAUCGAUGACACAGUUGGCAUUAUGAGAGAUAAUAUCAACAAGGUUGCUGAACGUGGCGAAAGACUGACUUCCAUAGAAGACAAGGCGGACAACUUGGCAGUAUCAGCGCAAGGUUUCAAGAGGGGUGCCAACCGAGUCAGAAAGCAAAUGUGGUGGAAGGACCUGAAAAUGAGAUUGUGUCUAGUGCUCGUCGUGAUCAUUUUAUUAGUUGUUAUCAUCGUCCCCAUUGUUGUACACUUCAGUUGA